AUGAAGCUGGAGGUAGAGUCAGUGUGGAGCCUGCUGGCCUCAUGUCUGCUUCUCUGGAGAAGUGCAUCUGCCCAGAGCUGUUCUGUCCUGGACUUCACCUGUGCCUCUGGAGCGUGUGUGCGGAUGGACCGUGUGUGUGACUUUACUGACGACUGUGAAGAUGGCAGCGACGAAACACAAUGUUCCAAAUACACACGCUGUGAUUUUGAGAAGGACCUUUGUGACUUCAGUCCAUCACCAGGAUCCUCUGACUGGACCAGAGCAACAGAGUUUAAUCACGACCACAGGAAAACAUCUGCACACUUCCUGUCGUUGAGAAGCAAAAGCCACGCAGCUGAUUUAGUGAGUCCAGUCUUCCGGCCCAGUCAAACAUGCCAGAUGAGAUUCUAUUAUAAGAUGGAGGCAGAGCGUGGACACCUGCAGGUCCUGCUCCAGACCCUUCAAAUGGGUCAAAGGACUCUGGUCUGGGCCAACAGCGCUCCACAGCACAGAACAGAAACCUGGCAACGGGUUCUGGUGCAGUUUGACGCCAAGAGCAUGUUUCAGGUGAUAAUUCAGGGUGAUCUUGGAGCUGACUCUGAAAUCCUGGCCAUAGAUGACGUCUCCUUCGGUCCUGGAUGUCAGACUGUGCCACUUAACACCACGAUGCAGACCCUAUCGCUGCACACAUGGAAUAACAGAAUGUCUUUGGUUGCUGAGUGCCUCCCAACCGAGUUUUCCUGCCAUAAUGGACGAUGUUUAGCAGAGAGCAAAGUUUGUGACUUUAGUCCAGACUGUCCCGAUGGAGAAGAUGAAGCCAGCUGCCCCUCUAGGUGUGACUUUGAGGACGGGUCGUGUGGCUGGUAUGAGCUGACUCUAGGAGAUGGCUUCGAUUGGGUCCGAGGCUCCUCUCCGCAAGUUCCCCCGGAUUACUAUGGUUGCCCCCCUCCUCUGGACCACACUACCAAUAGUACCACAGGGCAGUUCAUGUUUAUACACAAAAACAGUAGCAGCCUUCAUCCCCGGGCGGUUCUCAGAGGACCCUGGUUCCAACAGUCAGCCUCUGGAUGCUCCUUGUCGUUUUGGCAUUACAAUUCUGGCAUCUCGGUGGGUGCUGCGGACAUGUACCUGCGCAUGAAAGAUGUCCAAAAUAAUACCGUGGUCUGGAGAUCUCUGUACGACCAGGGUCCACGGUGGAACCAUGUGACGGUUCAGCUGGGCCGCAUCACUCAGCCCUUCCAGAUCUCCGUGGCUAAAGGCAGCCUGGGCGUUUUUGAUGGUGUUUCGGCCUUGGACGAUAUCACCUUCAAUAACUGCUCCAUGCCUCCAGCAGUAGAAGUGUGUCCGUCAAACACACAUUUCCAUUGCGUGCACAGCAGGGCGUGCAUCGAGCUCAUGCAGCUCUGUGACCUUGUGGACGACUGUGGAGAUGGCUCCGAUGAGGAGGGAUGCUCCCCAGAUCUUCAGUGUAACUUUGAGCAUGGCCUCUGCUCCUGGAGACAAGAGCAGAGCGGUGGAGAUAUGUUUGACUGGUCACUCAUCCGAGGCCCCACUCCCACCUUCAACACUGGCCCAAUGAAAGACCACACGCUGGGCACGAGCUCUGGGCAGUACCUCUACAUCGAGUCGUCCUUCCCUCAGGAGUUCAAAGACAUUGCUGUUCUUCUGGGCCCAGUGCUGCAUCCCACCCCCAAACGCAUAACGGCCCCAGGCGAACAGUGGCACCCCUGUGUGUUCCGCUUUCACUUCCACAUGUUUGGUGCCCAAGUGUUCAGUCUGGCCGUGUACCUGAGGACCACCUCCACGGGCCGUGGACACAUGCUGUGGGUGCGCUACGGGAACCAGGGGAAUAUGUGGCACCGAAAGACUCUGUAUCUCAACAGUGCUCGGCCUUUUCAGAUCGUGAUUGAAGGAACUGUUGGAGAUGAUUUCAAUGGAGAUAUUGGUAUUGAUGACCUCUCAUUCUUGCACUGUGUUCCAUAUUCAGGCGAGCUUCCUUCAGCAAACUCAACCAUUCCAGCAGUGACCACAGUUGCCCCCACAGUGCAGCCGCACACUUGUCCCUCAGGACAGUUUGUGUGUGAGACGCAGCAGGAGUGUGUUCCUCUGAGCGCAGUGUGUAACUUUAAGAGGGACUGCUCUGACAGUUCAGAUGAAACACACUGUGUAAAAGAACAGUGCAACUUUGAAGGUCAAGACUCUUGUGGCUGGCAGACCGCAGAGCUGGUGUCACCACAUGCGUAUCACUGGUCUUUGGAUCAAGGAGAAAGUAUCCACGAUGGAGAGCGAUAUCAUCGCCCUGUCAAGGACCAUACGCUGGGCAGUGCACAGGGCUGGUACAUGUAUGCAGACAGCUCAAAUGGAGGUUAUGGCCAAACCAGUGACCUCCAGACCCCUGUCAUCUCCAACACAGGGCCUCGCUGUACCCUGGUCUUCUGGUACCACAUGAGUGGGUUUACUGUGGGGUCACUGCAGGUGCUGCUGAAGUUUGGAAAUGUCACCCAUGAGGUGUGGUCUCAGUCAGGCACACAAGGAAACAAAUGGCGACAAGGGGAGGUGUUUUUAGGAUUGGCAACCACUUUUCAGGUCGUCUUCCGAGCUCAAAGAGGCAUCAGCUACAUGGGGGAUGUGGUGAUAGACGACGUGCACUUCCUGCAGUGCUCUCCUCCUGUGUCCUCAAACACACCGUGUUCAUCUGAGGAGUACAGCUGCUCCAAUGGCCACUGCAUCCCCCAGGACCACCUCUGUGACUUCAUCAACCACUGUGGGGACAGCUCUGACGAGAACACCUUUAUCUGCAAAGGCUUUAGUGGACAUUGCAAUUUUGAGUUUGACAUGUGCUCCUGGCGUCAGAGCAGCAGGGAUGACUUUGAUUGGUUGAUCAAAACUGGAAGGACUUCCACAACAGGCACAGGUCCAUCCAGUGACCAUACGCUGAGGUUCCCCAGUGGGCACUACCUUUACCUGGAGGGCUCUUUCCCACAGGCGGCUGGAGACGUGGCCCGUAUCGUCGGCCCAGUGUUCAGUCACAGGAGCAAACACUGCAAGAUGCGCUUCUAUGUGCACAUGUCUGGAGACGGUAUCGGGACUCUGAGUGUGUCCGUCCUCACUGAAGGACAAACGUCUCUCCAGAUGAACCUGACGGGGGAUCAGGGAAACUACUGGCAGCUCAGGGAAGUCUUGCUGAGCUCAGUCCAGGACUUUCAGGUCAUGAUGGAGGGGAAAGUGGGACGAAACCCCAAAGCCGACAUCUGCCUUGAUGACAUCACCUUCUCUCCUGGAUGCCUCAUGGCCUCCUCAGCUGAAGUAGAGGACACAACACCUCCACCAUCUGAAAAGCCUUGUCCUCCAGGCAGUCUGCUGUGUGAAAAUGGCCGCUGCUUUUCCUCGGGGCAAAGUUGUGACUUCAGAGAUGACUGCGGCGAUGGCACAGAUGAAAAAGAUUGUGGCACUUCUUGCGCUUUUGAAAGUGGUCGCUGCGGAUGGAAACGCUCCCUGGCUGAUAGUUUUGAUUGGUCGGUGGGCACAGGUUCUUUCCAGAAGAUACGGCCUCCGUACGACCACACCAUGCAGAAUGAAAACGGUCAUUUUGUGUAUCUUGAAGCAACGCCAGUGGGACUGAGGGGCGAUAAAGCACAUAUCAGGAGCUCCAUGUGGAAAGAGUCAAGCGCUGUGUGCAAGCUCUCUUUUUGGUACUACAUUUCCCAUAAGGCCACAGGAACAAUUCGCCUACUGAUCAAGACUGAAAAUAAUUUGGUGGAGCUAUGGAACAAGACAGGACACCAGGGGAAUUUCUGGAACCAUGCCGAGAUCCCACUAAGGAAACUGAGGAACUUUGAGGUCAUCUUUGAGGGGAUCCGCACCAUGGACUUAGGUGGAGGCGCUGCUGUGGAUGAUAUAGAGUACAUCGAGUGUGCUCCAGAUCCUGUACCAGUCAGUUGCCCUGCGGUGACAGACUUUGUGUGCCUCAGCGGCCACUGCGUCGAGUCUCACCUGGAAUGUGACAGCAAACCCGACUGCCCCGACGGAUCAGAUGAGAAGUACUGUGAUCAUAUAGCCACUUUGCCAGGCUCCUGCAAUUUCAACAUGGAGUCCAGCCAGUGGGAAGAGCGCUGCCAGCUUUCACAGGACACCGGCGAUGACUUUGAUUGGGCCAUCAGUCAGCAGAGUCUCACCCCAGGAACAGGGCCUCCAGCUGACCACUCUCCAGGCGGAGAUGGGAGCUACCUUUUCAUCUACUCAGCAAUCCACAGAGAGGGCGAUGUUGCCACGGUGACGACCAAGGCCACAUACCCCGCCAGCAUCGGCCUGUGUCGCCUGCGUUUCUGGUUCUACAUGUACGGCUCGCACAGGAUGGGAACUCUCAAGGUGUACACUGUUGGAGAGACUGGGACUCCUCUACUUAUGUGGGCCACUACCGGGAACCAUGGCCCCCAGUGGAACUACGUUAACAUCGUCCUGUCCAACCCCAGGGCUUUCCGAGUGACCUUCCAGGGAGAAGUGGGGGGCGACGUGAGGACAGACAUCACUCUGGACGACAUCUCCUUCACUGAGGAAUGUGUCGUUGGGGGACCAGUGACCCCUCAGCCCACGACCUGUGCUGCGGACCAGUUCCAGUGCGCCUAUUCUUUUGAGUGCAUCUCCGACAGCUGGAGGUGUGAUGGAGAGCCGGACUGUGCCGACCGCUCCGAUGAAGAGGACUGUGCUACUGUGGUCCCAGGGACACUCCCCCCUCAGGGCCGCUGUCCCGUGGGGUACUUCCAAUGCUCCGACAGUAUGUGCCUGCCCUCUAUCCUGCGCUGUGAUGAAGUCCCAGACUGCCCCCACGGAGAGGAUGAGUACAAUUGCCCCGUGUUGCAGUGUGACCCGGGGGAGCUGGUGUGUGAAGGUGUGUCCGCCUGUAUCCCAUUCCACCAGCGCUGCGACCGCUCUGCCGACUGUAAGCCUUUCCACCCGGACGAGUCCAGCUGCCAUGAGUGUCCUCCAAGAUACUGCUCUCCCCACGGUCUGUGUCACGUUGGAAGGCAUGGUCCUGUUUGCAUGUGUGGAGCUGGUUGGACUGGUAACCGUUGUCACAUUAAGAAAAAGCCCUCCACGUCCACCCCCUCCCCCACUCUGGAGGACAUCAACUUAGACCCUGUGUACACUGGCAUCGGCAUCGGGAUCCUGCUGCUUGUGCUCGGCAUUGCUGUGUGUGUAUUCGCUGUUCUGAAGAAAAAGGGAUUUUUAAUAAAGCCUAAGCUGCCGGACUAUGGGGUGAUGGAUGGCCCCGCCUGUGACUGGAAAGCAGAGUCACCAUCACUGGAAAAUAGCAGCGUGAAGUCCAAGAUGAAGAGCUCUGGACCUGGGCUUUCCAUCAGUGUGUACCCCUGGAAGAGCGAGCCUGAGAAUCGAAGCUGGGAUCUUUCCAAUCUGUCCUUUUCAAACCCGCUGUACAAGUGCCCCGCUGAUGCUAAUGGUCCAGGCUGCACGAGCUCUGAAGCAUAA